AUGACACUGACCCAAGGGCUAGGUCGGGACGGCAAAGUAAAAUGCGACGGUUACGCCCCCCCAAAGACGCAGACUCUGGCCAGGGAACAUCUGGCAGCUCAGGUAUACGCUGAGCCCAGGACCGGCCUCCUGUUGGCUGCCUCGCCAGCUGGCCUCGUUGCAGAAGCCUUCGAUGGCGGGCCGGCCACGGUCCUGUUUCGCCAUUCCGUACUCGCACCAUCGAGGACCUUGCCGCGGCGUCUCCAACAUCGGCCACGUUCUGGAAUCGCCACGUUCUGGAAUCGCCACGUUUUGCCUUUUGGCAACGCCAUACCAGCCGUGAGACAUGCCGCCAUGGCAGUGGGUGCAGCUCACCAGGCAUCACUGCAACGCCAUGUUGGCGCUCUCGAUCCGCAGGUGAUGGAGCGAAUGGACCAUUUGUCCAUUUUCGAAUAUAACCAGGCAAUCCGCCGUCUGCUGCCUCAUAUGUCGGCCGGGAGCAUCCGAGGCUGCGCCUCCGAGUCGGUGCGCCAUCUCAGGGCGGGUGCGCAGCUAUUGCUUCCCAUUGUAGGUCAGGGAACAGGGCCGGCGAGCACAGUCAACGUCGGCUGCACAGACGCUCUGAGUGAGAUCAGCACGCUCUUCUCUCGGCUCGGCGUCGAAGCAGCCUUAUAUGCCCAGGACCAGAUUGUGCCCGAGUUUCGCUCGCGCGGGACGUGCUUUGCGGGCUGGACAGAGAAUCAAUGGCAGACAACGUUCCCUACCCUGGCCGACGCGAGUGAUGCGCUGUGGGAACUUGACGAGGAGCUUUCGACUUACAACAGCAGAGCCUUUGUUAUUGCAAAGACCCUCCCAGGCGACUCGCCUUUGGAUCGAGCCAGUGCCCUGCACCGGAUUAUCGGCCCGACCUACAUUCCUGCCAUUCGUUUCCUUGUCAAGCGAUUCAGGCACUGGAGGGCGCGGUUUGCCAAGACAGCCGCCGAGGCUGAGCAGAGGGGCGUUCAGCCAUCGGAGCGUCCACAGAUAACCAUGCUCAUAUUACGGCAACGUGUGUGGGAAACAAUGCUCGACGAGACACCAGGCGGGGACCCGUUGCUUGCGGACAGCAUCUUGGAUUGUGCCGGGGAAUUGAUCCACCACCUGUCUUCAAAGAAUCGGACCUUCCAGAUUGAGAGCCGUGUCCUGUCGUCGGCAUCAUUUGCUUGGUGUUACAGUGGCCAGGAGAGACAUUACAGGCGCGCCUUGAACAUUCUUCGCUCGGCACAUGUCUGCGAGGGCGUUUGGGAAAGCGGAAAGUUGGCCGACAUGAUGGAAGCUGGAUACGCACAGAGCCAGGCCUAUAGUACUAACACGGAACCAUCUGCACACUUCAUGGCAACGGGUUUGCAACUCUAG